AUGGCCUCCAACAGACGUCGCAAUGUCAUCGGCUCCUUGAAGCAUCUAAACUUCGUCGAGAACCGGAGAGGCUUCCGACCCGUCACAGUUUUUCCUCCAAACGAGGUCUCACCCUCUCCUUCGCAGUCUCCCUCAAAGUCUCCAACCAAACGGCAUACCGCAUUACCAGCAUCAGAGUUAAACUCUGAGACCAAUGGCCAAGAAUACAUGGAAUUUACACCAAACAUAUUUCCAAACCAUGGAAGCAGUACGACUAAUGAUUAUCUGAGAGGCUGGGAGAGACGUCGUCGGAUUUAUAUUGAUGAGGUACUCCGACGGGAAGCACCACCAGAAGGCUUAACUUGUGAAAUAUGUCAAAGCCGGGUAGCAACCUGGAGAUGUGGCUGUUGUUUGGGCAGUCCAGUAUUAUGUACUGACUGUUGCAGGACUACUCAUAGACGACAUCCCUUUCAUAGAAUUGAAUACUGGACGGGGGAUUACUUCUCACCUUCUUGGUUAUGGAAGGCCGGAUCAAUUUUACAUCUCGGCCACAAUGGUGUACCCUGUCCCGGGAAACGGUGGGAUGCAUCGGACACAGAUUGUAUUAACUGCGAGGGCUGGAACCAGGAGGUUAUUCAACCUGAGCAAUUGGAGGUGACAGAACCCGACGACGAAGAGGUAGACUAUGAGGAUGUUGCCGACGACACUUCCCAGGGCCUUUACAAUGACACCGAAGUUCCUGACCCACCAGUAUCCACAAUUGAUGGAAAUCGAGUACUUACCUAUGUCCAUAUCAAUGGAGUCCAUCAGCUUCCAACGUCCUUUUGCACAUGUGCCGGUGCACCAUCCGAAGAAAUACAACUUCUACGGAUGGGUCUCUUUCCAUCCACCUCCGAUACUCCUCGAACGGCAUUUUCUUUUCAGGCGCUUGACGACUACCUUUUGGAGAACCUCGAAUGCAAAACAUCGGCACUUCAUUACUUCUCAAAGCUUCAGCAGAUGACAUGCAAAGCAUUUCCCAACCUGGUGAAGGAUCGAUAUCGCGAGCUAUUGCGAGCUAGCCAGCAAUGGAGGGUUAUUAAGGAGUAUAAGUGGUUUGGCUUCGGGAACAAAGCCGAAGAUCCAAAGACCGGUGACCUGGCUCUCUUUUGCGCCGCAUGUCCCCAGCCUGGGACAAAUCUUCCCGAUAAUUGGAAAGACGACCAGGAACAAUGGCCGUAUACACGGGGAUUUGUGCUCGAUGGCAAUUUCACAUGUAAUCACAAAGCUCAACGGCACCCUGAAGACGACGUCUGGUUAAAAUCCGGUCAGGGCUAUAUGGUAGAAAGAAGCCGAUAUGCAAACCAUCUGGCCACAGCUCCAGAGAUUAAAGAAAAACCGACUUGCAAUGAACAUCAUGCCGUGAACGAUAAAUCAAGAAUUCACAAAGGAUGUGAUUCGACUGGCCUCGGCGCCGCUGCUUGCCUACGGCAUGGCUGCUAUUGUCCAGGGGCUGUGGUCGAUUUUCAGAAGGGGGAACGACAGAUGAAUAUUGAUUACGCAUUCUGCGAAGCGUUGAAAAACACUGGCGCAUCCGAGGCUCCCCAAUGCCUCGUCGUUUAUGACGUUAACUGCCAGUAUUUCGUAAACUUCCGAAAGCGGGUGGAAAGGUCUCCGUUUCUUGAGGUUCAUCCCGGGCUAAUCAUAAUUCCUGGUAUCGGCUUGUUUCACAUUCACGGACAUCAGCUUGUCUGUCUUGCAAGGUUCUCGCCAACUUUUAUUAUCGGCGGAGGACAAUCAGAUGGUGAAAUAUUGGAGACGUUAUGGUCCACUCUCAAUCACGUCGGCAGAAUAUCAAGAACCAUGACCCUCGCUCAUCAGACGGAGGUCUUGGAUGCCCACAUGGGUGACAACAACUGGAAGAAACUGGUUAACAUGGUAUCAUCGCUUUGUAAAAGAUGGAAGCGAAUUCAGAAGGCACUUCCCGAGGCCGAAGCAGAGUUGCAAAAAUUAUCGGAGACCGCUUCCAAAGAGCAGUUGAACGAUUGGGAUUCACAAGAAGACGACGCACAGGCUCGCCGAAUUUUGGAUCCGUCGGCCAUGGAUAUAUAUGAAGCCAAAGCCCCGAAAUUGCCGACACAGAAGGAAGUACAGGCUGAGUUCAUGGCACAAGAACAAGGUCUCCGGCAAAAUGUGGGACUCUCGCUUUGGGUUGGUACGGGGAUCAAACUUCAAGAAACCCAGCUUACCCUCAGCCGAUUCGCCAGGCUUAUGGGCAGGAAGCCGACGUCGGAGCAGAAACUCGAGCUCGCACGUCGUCGGCAAAGAUUUAUAAAAGGGCUGGACAUAUUCGAGCAAGAGGCGGUAACAUUGUAUCUGGAGAUAAAUCUUUCCGAUGGUUUUUUCGUCCCACCGACGAUGGACGAGUAUGAGCAUGACGAGGACUUCGAGCAAUUAAAGGUCAACCCACCUCAGAAUGAUAAUAGCCUCCCCGAAUAUAGAGAGAUCAUCGUACCUUCCAGCUUUGCAACUCUCCCUCAAACGAUGAAGGGGGCUCGCCUACGAGAAAUUGACUUGCGGGUCGCACAAGCUAAUGAUGCACUUGCAUCUAUUUGGCUGGACAUCGGGCACAAGUCUUUUAUUUACCGAAAAAAGAUCAACACCGAAGAAAGCAAAAAGGGAAAGACCCGGUCGUAUGAUCAAGUCAAUGCCAUUGACAGAAAUCUGGCACAUCACCUCCGAGUUUAUGGUCAAGCCCGAUGGGCCUUACAGCAUCUAGCCGCAUCGGAAGACAUUUUAUCCUGUUUCAAGGAAAUCAAAAAGGCUGAUACUCAUCUCCUUCCGAAUAUAUCUCACCCCAAUAAACCUGGCUUUCGGAACAAAGAUAUCCCCUGGUUUUGGGGGUUCAAUAUACACGGUGAUUCGGAGAAUGAUGUGCAUAUGGAAGAAUUAUAUCGGGUAAACUAUCUUCGGACCAAAGCGAGAUAUCACUGA